AUGACCGCGUUGCUGAGCCAAGGCAGUCGGCUUCCCUGUCAUCUCGCAGGCCAGUUUUUCUUUUUAAACAGACCGGUACCUCAUCCGCAGCCUUCAGGAGCUAUCCUCAGAUUUUUUCAUACACUCAGUCAAGCCCCUCUUUCACGGCAGACAACCCCAACUACAACUAUGACGGAAAUCACACAUCCUACCAUCAAAGAUGGAUGGUUCUCCGAGAUCUCUGAUAUGUGGCCCGGCCAGGCCAUGACUCUCCGGGUUAACCAGAUCCUCCACCACGAGAAAUCCAAGUAUCAAGAUAUCCUCAUUUUUGAGAGCACCGACCAUGGCACCUGCUUGGUUUUGGACAAUGUGAUCCAGUGCACAGAGCGCGAUGAAUUCUCCUACCAGGAGAUGAUCACUCACCUUGCCAUGAACUCCCACCCAAACCCCAAGAAGGUCCUCGUCAUUGGCGGAGGUGACGGUGGUGUCCUCCGUGAGAUCGUCAAGCACGAAUCAGUCGAGGAGGCCAUUCUCUGCGAUAUCGAUGAAGCCGUCAUUCGUGCAUCUAAGAAAUAUCUUCCUGGCAUGAGCAUAGGCUUCCAGCACCCUAACGUCAAGGUCCACAUCGGAGACGGCUUCAAGUUCCUCGAGGAGAGAAAGAACGAAUUCGACGUUAUCAUUACCGACAGCUCUGACCCUGAGGGCCCUGCUGAGGUUCUGUUCCAGAAGCCUUACUUCGAAUUGCUCUACGGCUCUCUCCGAGAGGGCGGUGUCAUCAGUACUCAAGCUGAGAACCAAUGGCUUCACAUUAAGCUCAUCACCGACCUCAAGAAGCUCAUGAAGGAAGUCUUCCCCGUCGUUGAAUACGCCUACACCAGCAUCCCUACCUAUCCAUCCGGCCAGAUCGGAUUCCUCGUCGCCUGCAAGGACCCCACCCGCAAUAUCCGUGAGCCCGUGCGGUCAUGGACCAGAGAGGAGGAGGACAAGCUGUGCAGAUACUACAACCAGGACAUCCACCGCGCCAGCUUCGUUCUGCCAGGCUUCGCCAGAAAGGCUCUGGAGUAAUUCCACACAGCUUGGGUAGUUAAUGAGGGGUGUGUGGAAAGGAAUCAAUUAGAGAUAAGGCACGAAAAGGAAAUAACCAUAUUAGUCAGACAUAAAUAGCGUCUGUUGGAAGAUAAAACUUAUGUGAUGUGAUCCUGGAAAUGAAUGAGACAAAGACAUGUCCCAAAAAAAGAAAUCAACGGUUUUUUGAAUGAUAAGAAGAGA